AUGAGCAGCGAAAGCGAUAAGACAUCUAGAUGUCCCGUUAGCCACUCAGGAACCCAAAAGACAAGAGAAACAGAGGGAUGUCCGGUUAUGCAUGGAUCUAAGCCCCAAGAGGGGCUUAACCCUCUGAAUCACAUUCCUGCCAAUCUCUCGCACGAGAGACAACUGGGGCAGAAACUAGAUUUGCCCAAGGACCGCACCACCAGCUCUAUACCAAAGGGUAACGCUCAGACCAAUGACUUUUGGGAGUAUCCUUCUCCACAGCAGAUGUAUAAUGCUAUGGUCCGCAAGGGCAAGAUAGAUCCCAACACGGGAGAAGAAAUUCCCGAAGACGCUGUGGAAUCUAUGGUAUUCGUGCACAACUUCCUGAAUGAAGGUUGCUGGCAGGAGAUCCUCGAUUGGGAAAAAAAGUACACUGAAGUUACCGAUAUAGAACCUAAGCUCUUGCAGUUCAUGGGCAAGCCCUCGCAACUAUCACCAAGGGCACGCUGGUUCAGUAUACUGGGAACUUUAUUUCCGUCGCAAUUUUCGCACGAGUUGCCCUUUGACAGACACGAUUGGACAGUUUUAAGACCCGAUCCAACCUCAACCAAUACAGAACACCCUGGUUACAAGAAAGUUCGUUACGUGAUUGACUUUUAUAGCGGCCCAGAUGAUGAAGAUGGACUACCAACAUUCAAUCUUGACGUUCGUCCUGCGCUCGAUAGCGUAUCAAGUGCGAAGGAUAGAUUUACUCGGUGGACAGAACCUGUUCUUUCAGAGUAUUUCGGGAGCGAGAAGAAGUAA